GAUCACAUUGAGUUGCUGAAUAUCUCACUAAGUUGCCAAGGUUGCCCUCGAACUUGUGAUUCUCCUACUUCAGCCUCCCGAGUUCCAGGAAAUACAGGAGAGCAUCACUGUUCCUGGCUUGUAAUAAAUAAAAUGAUGGUCACUUUACUAGAUGGACUGCUGAUCUACUGAAUAACUUUCAUCUUCUGACCACACUAGGAAGUUGUGCAUGGAGUUGAGAGAUUUACUGCAGUCAUUUCUGACCUUACAUAAUUAAGGUUGAAUGCCUUUGGGAACUUGAUGUAUAAAAUUUGCAUGACUCCUCGCUCCUUUCUGGGUCUGUCCUUGGAUUCCAGCCAGCAUGGCUCACACCACAAAGGUUAACGGCUGUGCCUCAGAAAAAGCAGAUGAUAUUCUGAAUGGAGACCAUGACAAGGAACAGAAAGACCCUUAUUUUGUGGAGACACCCUAUGGCUAUCAACUAGACUUAGAUUUCCUCAAAUAUGUGGAUGACAUACAGAAGGGAAAUACCAUCAAGAAACUGAACAUCCAGAAGAAGAAGAAACCUUCUGUGCCAUGCCCAGAAACCAGGGUCACAUCUGGUCAGCAAGGUGCGUGGACUUCUACCGAAUCCCUUUCAUCUUCCAACAGUGAUGAUAACAAGCAGUGUCCCAGCUUCCUCCUAGCCAGAAGCCACGUUACAUCAACUCCAAUCCCAAAGCCACCUGCCCCUCUGGAGACCUUGCCUACUUUUCUAACCAUCCCAGAAAAUCGACAGCUGCCCCCUCCUUCACCACAACUCCCAAAGCACAACCUUCAUGUCACCAAGACACUAAUGGAGACCCGGAGAAGGCUCGAACAGGAGAGAGUCACCAUGCAGAUGACACCGAGUGAAUUCAGAAGGCCUAGGCUGGCCAGUUUUGGAGGCAUGGGCUCUACAAGCUCCCUCCCCUCUUUUAUGGGUUCUGGAAACCACAAUCCUGCCAUGCACCAGCUUCAGAACGGAUAUCAAGGCAAUGGGGAUUAUGGGGGCUAUGCCCCAGGGGCUGCUACCACCUCCUCCAUGGGGAGUUCUAUCCGCCACAGCCCCUUGAGCUCAGGGAUCUCCACCCCAGUGACCAAUGUGAGCCCCAUGCACCUGCAGCAUAUCCGCGAGCAAAUGGCCAUUGCCCUGAAACGCCUAAAGGAACUCGAGGAACAGGUAAGAACUAUCCCUGUGCUCCAGGUAAAGAUCUCUGUCUUGCAAGAGGAGAAACGGCAGUUGGCCUCACAGCUGAAAACUCAAAGGGCUGCAUCCCAGAAUGAUGUCUGUGGUGUGAGGAAGCGCUCCUAUAGUGCGGGAAAUGCCUCCCAGAUGGAGCAGCUCUCCCGGGCCCGGAGGAGUGGCGGGGAGUUAUACAUUGACUAUGAGGAGGAUGAGAUGGAGAGUGUGGAGCAGAGCACACAGAGAAUAAAGGAGUUCCGGCAGCUCACGGCAGACAUGCAGGCCCUGGAGCAGAAGAUCCAGGACAGCAGCUACGAGGCCUACUCGGAGCUCAGGGAGAAUGGGGAGUGCCCACCUCGUGAGUGCCGCUCUGUGGCUGUGGGUGAUGAUGAGAGCAUGAAUGACCUUGUUGUGUACCACCGGGGCUCUGUGUGCUGCAAGGAUGCAGCCACAGGGACAGUCACUGAGAUGAGGCAUUGUGGGGUCAACGUGACAGAGGCCAUGCUCGGAGUGACUACGGAAGCUGACAAAGAAAUUGAGCUACAACAGCAGACCAUAGAGGCCUUAAAAGAAAAAAUCUACCGCCUGGAAGUACAGCUUAAAGAAACCACCCAUGACCGGGAGAUGACUAGACUAAAACAAGAACUGCAGGCCGCUGGAUCAAGGAAAAAAGUCGACAAAGCCACUAUGGCCCAGCCACUUGUCUCCAGUAAGCUGGUGGAGGCAGUGGUGCCCAUGAGAGAUCAAGUGGUUGGCCAUCACGUGGAUGUGGUAGACACGUGCGUUGGGACCUCUGUACAAACAAGCAGCAUAGGCAUCUCCUGCCAGCCCCAGUGCAGGAACCAAGCGGUGGGGCCCGAGCUGCCCAUGAACUGGUGGAUUGUUAAGGAGAGGGUGGAAACGCAUGACCGCGGUGCUGGGAGGUCUGUGGAGAUGUGUGACGAGAGCGUGGGUGUAGAAGUCAGCGUCUGCGAAACAGGCAGCAACACAGAGGAGUCUGUGAGCGACCUCGCGCUCCUCACCACUAACUUGAACCUCAAAGAUGUGCGGUCCAUUGGCUGUGGCGAUUGCUCUGUCGAUGUGACUGUUUGUGCUCCCAAGCAGUGCAGCUCCCGGAGCGUGAACACAGAGGCUGUUGUGCAGGUGGAGGCAGCUGUCACAGCAGCCCCUCCGACCACACACCAGCACACCAGCACGGUUUGGGAACGGGCCCACCAGUGCACCAACACGGAGACAGCUACCCUCGUAGAAUCGUGCACCAACACUUCCCUGAGCACUUUGGAUAAGCAGACCAGCACCCAGACUGUGGAGAUGCGGACUGUGGCCAUAGGAGAGGGCCGCGUCAAGGACGUCAACUCCUCCACCAAGACACGGUCUGUUGGUGUGGGGACGGUGCUUUCUGGCAGUUUGGGAUUUGAUAAGCCAUCGGCUGUGAAGACUAAAGAGGCAGGUGUGGGGCAGAUAAAUAUUCAUGACAACUACCUGGUUGGUCUCAAAAUGAGGACCAUAGCAUGUGGGCCUCCACAUGGAUCACAGUUGAGUGGGGGGCCCAUGGGCAGCAGGAGGAGCGUGGGUGUUGGGGACGAGCCUGUUGAGGAGUUCCUGGAGGGCCCCCAGACCCAGGCUCCAUCUGGAAUGGUGACUGGCCUGGAUCACUACAUUGAGCGGGUCCAGAAGCUGCUGACAGAACAGCAAACACUACUGGCUGAGAAUUACAGUGAACUGGCAGAAGCUUUUGGGGAACCUCACUCACAGAUUGGUUCCCUCAACUCACAGCUGAUCAGCACCCUGUCCUCCAUCAGUUCUGUUAUGAAGUCUGCAAGCCCGGAAGAGCUCAGGAACCCUGACUUCCAGAAAACCAGUCUGGGUAAAACCACAGGAAAUAAUUUGGAUUAUACCUGUAAGUGUGGAGGCCUUCAGUCAGGAGGGCUAUUAAGCACACAGUUAUCCUGGCCUGUCCAAGAACUGGGGACCACAGAAGGAAAGCCCAAGAACAGCCAGGAUGGCUUCCCUUCCCAGGAAAGUGUACCAGCCCUGGUGAACCUGACAGAUGACCAGAUAGCCGCAGGCCUGUAUGUAUGUACAAAUAACGAAAAUACGCUGAAGUCCAUCAUGAAGAAGAAAGAUGGGAACAAAGAUUCCAAUGGUGCAAAAAAGAAUCUUCAGUUUGUCGGCAUUAACGGAGGGUAUGAAACAACUUCAAGUGAUGAUUCCAGCUCAGAUGAAAGCUCUUCUUCCGAGUCAGAUGAUGAGUGUGAUGUCAUUGAGUAUCCUCCUGAAGAAGAGGAGGAGGAAGAGGAGGAAGACGACACUCGGGGAAUGGCAGAAGGGCACCAUGCUGUUAAUAUUGAAGGUUUCAAGUCUACCAGGGUGGACGAUGAAAUGCAGGUUCAAGAAUGUGAACCUGAGAAGGUGGAAAUCAGAGAGAGGUAUGAAUUGAGUGAAAAGAUGUUGUCUGCAUGCAACUUACUGAAAAAUAACAUAAAUGAUCCCAAAGCUUUGACCAGCAAAGAUAUGAGGUUCUGUCUGAAUACCCUCCAGCACGAGUGGUUCCGUGUGUCCAGUCAGAAGUCAGCCGUACCAGCCAUGGUAGGGGACUACAUAGCUGCAUUUGAGGCCGUCUCCCCAGACGUGCUCCGCUACAUCAUCAACAUGGCUGAUGGCAAUGGCAACACAGCCCUCCACUACAGCGUGUCCCACUCCAACUUUGAAAUCGUCAAGCUGCUAUUGGACGCAGACGUGUGUAAUGUGGAUCACCAGAACAAGGCAGGGUACACUCCCAUCAUGCUGGCAGCCCUUGCAGCUGUGGAGGCCGAAAAAGACAUGCAGGUUGUAGAAGAACUCUUUGGCUGCGGGGACGUGAAUGCCAAGGCCAGUCAGGCAGGGCAGACAGCCCUUAUGCUGGCAGUCAGUCACGGGCGGAUAGACAUGGUAAAGGGCCUGCUGGCCUGUGGAGCUGACGUCAACAUUCAGGAUGAUGAGGGCUCCACAGCCCUGAUGUGUGCCAGCGAGCAUGGACACGUGGAGAUCGUCAAGCUGCUGCUAGCCCAGCCUGGGUGCAAUGGCCACCUACAGGACAAUGAUGGCAGCACUGCACUCUCUAUAGCCCUGGAUGCGGGACACAAGGACAUCGCUGUUCUUCUGUACGCCCAUGUCAACUUUGCAAAAGCCCAGUCUCCGGGCACCCCAAGACUUGGAAGGAAGACUUCUCCUGGUCCUACCCACCGAGGCUCAUUUGAUUGAUUAUUUGGAAAUAGCCUUCCAUUUACAUGCUACCAUGAAGCUGCUAAUUGUUCCUGUUGGGGUGACAGAUACUGAAUGUAUAUGUUCUGUGCCUGAGCUCACCAGCAAACAGAAGCAUAUGGCACAGGUUAAAGGCUGACACUUAGGGGAAGCAGAGCCAUGGGGGAUUGCCAGCUUGGCCACUUCCCCUGCAUGGGGUGUGCUUGAACCCCAUCUCAGUGGCUGUUGAGUCUCUGCUCCGUUAUGUACAGUUCUAGGAUAUGGUAACCUGAUCUGAAAGGGCACCUUCUUCCUACAAUUCAAAGAAGUGUAAUUCUCAUUGUUAUAUAUUUGUGGAAAAUGCUUCCAAAAUUCCAUUCCAGCGUGGUUUUGUUAAGGAAGUUAAGGUGACUUUGAUCAUCAGCAACUUGGGCUGGUAGCUUCUGGUUUAAAAAUAGAAGAUGGAAUCUCAAACCAUAUAAAACUCAUGAAGCAUUUUUGGUGGGUUUUAUCUAGGUGGAUGUAUUAUAACUUUUAUAUAAAAAGAUAUAUGACUAUAAAAUUGACACAGUAUUUUCAACUUUUAUAUUCCAUAGUAAUUAAAAAGAAUUACAUAUAACACUACCACAUUUUUAACAAUUGCACAACCCUGUCUAUACCUAAUGAUAAAGGUUGAAUUGUUAGAGGAAUUGGCUCUGUAUUUGCCUCUAGAGAAACAGUGUAGUUCUCCAUUUAUUUAUGGAUUCCUUUAUAUCAUGUCACAUUUACUUUAAAGUCCUGUAUGUAUUUAAAUGUUUGAAGUGCCUUAGACUCUUGCCAUAUUUUCAAAAUAAAAUUUCAUUAAGCCCUUGUCCUUGCUUCAUCUGA